UUAUAGUUUUAUCAUCCGUCUAUUCGUUUAUAAAUGAUUAUAGCUUAAUAUUAUAACGCUGUUUAGCUAUAAUUUUAGUGUUUUCAAGUAAAGAAAAUAUAAUUGUAUAUUUUUUCCUGUGACUGAUGCCUGAACUUUUAAUUGAUUAUAUUUUUUAAAAUGAGUGCAAAAAACGCGAGUUUUCUUGAUUCUGACAUUGAUCUAUAUUUGAAAAUAUCUAACUAUGAAGAAACCGUCAAGCACUUGGAUAUUUACUAUGGAAUAGUGAAAAGACAACUUUUAAGGUAUCAGAGUGCGAUCACUGGAUUAUUUCCAGUAUUGUCUGACGACGAAAUAGAGGCCAGCGUUAGAGAUAGUAUAUACUGUGCAGCGGCUGUAUGGAGUUUAUUUCAAGCUUACAGGAGAAUAGAUGAUGAUCGAGGUAAAUCGUACGAGUUAGGACAAUCUGCAGUUAAGUGUAUGCGAGGAAUAUUAGCUUGUUGGAUAAGACAAGCCGACCAAGUGGAACGCUUCAAAAAACAUCAGUGCAACAAGUAUGCGCUACACUCAAAGUUCAAUCUAAAAAACGGCGAUAUCAUUUAUUCGGAUGAAGGCUAUCCUCACUUACAAGUUGAUGUUGUAUCUCUUUAUUUGAUAUAUUUAGUUCAAAUGACUACUUCUGGUUUACAAAUAAUUUAUACGAAAGAUGAAGUGGCAUUUGUUCAGAAUCUAGUAUAUUACAUCGAACGCGCUUAUCGAACGCCAGAUUAUGCAGUAUGGGGAAGAGGAAGUUCUUAUAAUGAUAAUACUCCUGAAAUUCAUGCCAGUUCCAUUGGCAUGGCAAAAAGUGCUUUAGAAUCAAUAAACGGUUGUAAUUUAUUUGGUGAUAAAGGAGCUUCGUGGUCAGUGAUUUACGUUGACAUAGAUGCACACAACAGAAACCGAAGUAUAUUUGAAACUUUGUUGCCUAGAGAAUCGAGUUCUAAGGCAGUCGAUUCUGCAUUACUUUCUACAGUUUCAUAUCCAGCUUUUGCAACACACGAAGAAAUAUUAGUUACUUAUACAAAAGCUAAUAUUACGAAAAAACUAAAAAGUCGGUAUGGCUUUAAGAGGUUCAAGCGAGAUGGUUAUAAAUGUGCUAUUGAAGACCCAAAUAGACAAUAUUACAAAGUCGGAGAGACACAAGACUUUGAAAAUAUUGAAAAUGAAUGGCCUAUGUUUUUUUUGUACAUGAUAAUUGACGGUGUGUUCAAAAAUUUACCUCAACAAAUUGAAGAAUAUAAAAAGUUAUUGAAAGAUGUGAUGAGAGUUGACAGCGUUGGAGAUCCACUAGUACCGAUGUUCUAUUAUGUCACCAAAGAAAAUGUUGAUUUUGAGAAAGCCAACCCGGGUAGUCAGUUAAGGUCACCAGGACCAGAGUGCGACGAUGAAGAGGAUCCACCGUUGUUUUUAUGGAACCAAGCGUUGUAUAUUAUCGCUCAAUUAUUGACAUCUAACCUGUUGCAUAUUAACGAACUAGAUCCAAUCCGUCGAUAUUUACCUUCGUAUAAUAGACCCAAGAAACCAGGUCGUUAUUCUGCAUUUCAGACCAGGCAUGACACUGGCACAGCAACUGAUUUAGUUGUUCAAGUGGUUCUUAUUGCUGAGUCAAUGCGAUUACAAGCUAUGAUGGCCACCUACGGAAUCCAAACACAAACGCCACAUGAAGUCGAACCGGUUCAGAUAUGGUCAUCAACGGAACUUGUAAAGGUUUACCAACAUUUAGGAGUCAAUAAAAAAUUAAAUCUUAGCGGAAGACCAUUAAGACCUAUAGGUGCUCUGGGCACUAGUAAAAUGUACAGAGUAUGUGGUAUGACUGUAUUAUGUUACCCGUUAAUAUUUGAAGUAUCUGAAUUUUAUUUGUACCGAGACAUGUCACUUUUAAUCGAUGAUAUUAAAACAGAACUACAGUUCGUUAGUAGGUUUUGGCGCUUAUCGGGUAGACCUACUGUAUGUUUAUUGAUCAGAGAAGAACAUAUGAGAGAUCCACAGUUCGAAGAGAUGUUGGACUUAUUCGCUAUGCUGAAAAAGGGUCACUGUGAUGGUAUCAAAGUGCGAAUCGGCAGGUUGCAAAAUUUGCUCUCUUCUUCGUGCAUGGAACAUUUGGAUUUCAUGAAUAACAUUGAAACCGAGAAAUUUGAUUUUCAAUCGUUCAAGCAGUUAGAAUACGACUAUAGCGGAUAUCAAAGUUUAACUGACGUACCUAAAACAGUAUCUUACGAAGAAGACGUUAUCAACAUUCAGAAAUACAUUUACAAAAACACUAGCGAAAUAAUUCAAGUUAUUCGUGACGGUGUUGGUUUGUAUUCUCAAGCACAACUUUAUGGAAUAUUGUUAAAGAGAGAAGGACUCGAUAAAGAAAUACUCGGUGCUUCAAUUAGAACUCAACUGACCAAUUUAUAUCAUACAGCUGGUUGUCUUCACUAUUGGAUAGCUGUAAGGUAUUGUAGUAGUUUGUUACGUCAUACUGUUGAUAGUAUCAGUCCUUUCAUCACUACUGUAUUAGUUAACGGCAAACAGUUAACAGUUGGAGUUAUCGACCAUAAGGAAACGGUUUUUGAUAAACCCAUGACACCAGAUGCAAUCGAUUCUAUCAUUUAUUCAACUAUACAACCUUAUAAUGUCAUACAGGCUGUACUUCAACAAGAGAUUAUUUUAUAUUGCGGUCGAUUAAUUGGUACUCAUCCAGACCUAUUUAAAGGAAUUUUGAAAAUAAGAGUGGGGUGGGUGUUAGAAGCGAUGAAAUUACAGUUAAAAGCUGAAAAAGAAAAGAAAAUCUUAGAAAAUCUUAGUCCAUAUGCUAUUCGACAACUGUUACAAAAAAUACUGACCAUUAAAGAAUGGACACAAAAAGAACAGAUAAACAUGUUGCACAAACGAAUGAUCGAAGGUUGUUGGUGUCGAGUACCGAAUAAGUUCUACAAUCAAGUGUGGGAUAUUCUCGUGCGGACACCGAGGGGUAUACGCGUGUUGAACCAAGUUUUACCACAACGACCCACCAUCAAUCACAUGACUCAUUCCGAGCUUCAGUUCGGCUUGUUCGUCGAGAACAUGUUGAUUCGCAUACAAAUACCCGAGUAUAGACAACUCGUAGUCGAGCUGUUAUGUAUUGUUUCGACAAUCCUCAUCCGCAACCCUGAACUUACUCUGAGAGAUGAAUUAAAUCUUGACAAUCUGAUAAUACAGGCCAACUUGAUGUUUUGUAAGGACAAUAAUUCUAAAGUGAAUGAUAAACUCGAUCAAUUUAUUUCGUCCAAAUAUUCAAUUACUACUGGUUAUUUAGCAAGAGCUGUAGUCAACAAUAUAUUGACGGGCGGUCAGCUAGAAACGUCUUCGGUGGAUUUAGAGGAAGACGAAGAAGACGAAGACAAGUGUAAAGUUUCAUAAGAAGCAAAGGAUAGUUGAUUUCUAUUGUCUAUAAUUUAUGAGUCUUAUAUAAUUAUUUUAGCGAAUAUAUUUUAAUUUUAAACGAUAAA